GUGCCGCAUUCCGCGGCGCUCCACAACACAGUCGCCGUUCGGCUGCCACACACUAGACGUCAGACAGCGGGCCGCCCGACGCGCUGGAAUUCCACUCCGCCUGUCACCGGCCUCACGAUCUAGCUGGGUCCGUUGCCCACUGCCAGGCUGCGUCAGAGUGGAGACCGGGAGCGGGCAGCGUCGAGUGGCAGCUGAAGCCGAGAUGGGGGAGCUGGAGGUGGGCGCGUGGUUCUCGGGCCGCAGCGUGCUGGUGACGGGCGCCACGGGCUUCGUGGGCGGCGUGCUGCUCGAGAAGCUGCUCCGCGAGUGUCCCCGCCUCGCGGCCGCCCACCUGCUGGUGCGACCCGGCGCCCAGGAGACGGCCGAGCAGCGCGUCGCGCGACUCCUCGACUCCCCACUGUUCUCGCAGCUGGAGGGCGACGAGUGGCGGCAGCGCGUGUUCGCGGUGCCAGGGGACGUGUCGCGGCCGCAGCUGGGGCUGCAGCUGCCUGCGGAGGCGGCGGCCCGCCUGCUGGAGGAGGUGUCCGUCGUCUUCCACUGCGCGGCCUCCACCAGCCUGGCCGCCGGCCUGCGCCGCACAGUCACCGCCAACCUCGACUCCACACAGCACCUGCUCGACCUCUGCAAACGGAUGCCCAACCUACAGGUGUUGGUGCACAUGUCGACGGCGUUCUGCAACUGCGUGGUGCGCGACGCCGUGGCGGAGCGCGUCUACCCCACCAGCCUGCCGCCGGAGCGAGUGCUGGAGCUCGUCCACGGCCUCACGGACGCAGAGCUGGAGGCCGCCACGCCCAGCCUGGUCGGCGGCCAUCCCAGCGCGUACACCUUCAGCAAGCAGCUGGCUGAGAACCUGCUGGCCGAGCGCCGGCCGCCCGGACUCAGGCUCGUCAUCGUGCGGCCCUCCAUAGUAUGCGGGGCCGCGAGCGAGCCGGUGGCGGGCUGGAGCGGCGGCGCGGUGGGCGACGGCAGCAGCGCCGGCGCCUUCCUGGUGGGCGCCGCCCACGGCGUGUUCCGCGUCGCCGCCGCCGACCCCAGGCGCUUCGUCGACUUCGUGCCCUGCGACGUCGUCGCCGCGCUCGCCGUCGCUGCCGCUGCGCACGCGGAGGAGGGCGUGCAGGUGUACCACGCGACGUCCGGCGACCGGCGGCCGCUGCGCUGGGGCGAGUACGCGGCGCUGGUGCAGCGCGCCUGCAGGAGGGCGCCCAGCCGCCGGCUGGCGGCGCCGCCCACCACCUACUGCCGCGCCUGGCCGCCCACCGCCGCCCUCACCUUCCUCGUUACGCACCUGCUGCCCGCGCUGCUUCUGAACGCCCUGCGCUGCGACCGCGGGCUGCUGCAGGCGCAGCGGAAGUACUGGCGCGCCAUGUGGCGUGCGCGCUUCUUCUCGUGCCGGGACUGGCGUUUCCGGACUGGUGCCGCCGACAGACUGCGUGCGCGCAUGUCGCCGGCCGACCUCCGUCGAUAUGCUGUCGACGUCGACUCUGCCGGCGUCGACUGGGAACGACUCUUCAGCGACUCGGCGCUCGCCGUGCGCCGCUACGCGCUGCGGGAGGACCCCGCCACCAUACCAGCCGCAAGAGCGCGCAUGCGCAGGUUGGAGGUGACCUUCUGGUUGGUGGCACUGUGCAUUGCAUCAGUGCCGCUACUGCUGUGCACCGACAUUGUAGUAGGUGCCAUUUGCUCGGUGCUGGUCAUCACAUUCCUGCUCUGGCUGUGAGAUGAACCACAACCACUAGACAGUCAGCUCACCAGCAUCUGUCUCCUGCCUGGUACCUGCUUUCAUACCCACCGUUGCUACCAGCAUCGACAUGUCCAUGAAGUUUUGGUGAAAAUUGUCUGUCAGCUGAGACUUUGAUAAUUGUGAAGUGUACUCAUGACAAAAGUAAUGCUUGUAUUUUGCCCAUCUGUAUUGUAAUGUAUUCUUAAUGGCUCCAGUACAACCUGUUUUACAUCCUUAA